GGGGGUGCCAUGUGUACAAGCAAGUUCCACGUCUUACUCGCUGGCUGUAAAAGUUGAACUUGUAGUGAGGGUUUCUUUGGUUAGCUUCAGAUCGCCGAAUGAUAUUAGUGAGAUUAGUUCAAUAAAAUAACAGAAAAAUGAAGUACUUUUUCUUAAUUUCUUUGCUGGUUCUUCCUGCUGUGAUUUUCACACUAGAUAAUGGCCAUAAAAUGGUCGCACAUGCUGAAGAAGACCCUCUUGAAGAUGAAGUUGAGGUUGAAGGAGAAGCAGAUGUUGAAGAAGUAGCACCCACUGAUGAGGAGGACGAGGAGGAUAAAGAAAAAACAACAGCUUCACCAGAUGCUGAUACAACGCUUCUGUUUGUCAGACCUAUUGCCACUGCUUCACAAUUAGAACUUCCUGCCGGGAUUCCUGUUGAAUUUUUGGUAGGUUUCCGCAACAAAGGUAAGGAGGAUUUUGUUCUGGAAUCUCUAGAAGCGUCAUUCCGUUAUCCCAUGGACUUCAACUUCUACAUCCAAAAUUUCUCAGCUAUUGGUUAUAGCAAAGUUGUGCAACCUGAACAAGAAGCUACUUUGGCCUACAGUUUUAUUCCGUCUGAAGCCUUUGCUGGAAGACCUUUUGGUCUGAAUAUUAAUCUAGCAUACAGAGAUGCUUCUGGAAAUUCGUUCCAAGAAGCAGUUUACAAUGAGACUGUGCAAAUAAUUGAGCUUGAAGAAGGUUUGGACGGAGAGACAUUCUUCUUGUACGUGUUCCUUGUUGCUGGUGUUGUACUUCUUUUGGUUAUUGGGCAGCAGACUUUAUUGUCAUUUGGUAAAAAACGAAUCACUCGCAAAGCUGCCCCUGUUGAGACUGGUACAAGUAAUCCAAAUAAUGUCGACUAUGAUUGGUUGCCAAAACAAACGUUGGCUACUUUAAACAAAGAAAAAUCACAAAAGUCUCCCAAAUCAAUUAAGCAAAGUCCUAGACAACGCAAAGUCAAAAGGUCUACAGGUUCAGAAUAGUCGUUUUCAAAAUUUUUGCGUUCAUUUCACAGUUUGUUUUCACAUUUCAUUUUGUAUAUUGACAGGGACACAAAACUUGUAAGAAUAAUAUAAAUAGAUUACUAUUUAUAAUUAUUUUGUAUCCUGUGUUGUGAUUUUUUUUUAAUUGUUGAAUUUUUCACAUAGGUAUAGAAUUAAAUUAUGUAAAUAAUGAAUAAGAUCAUCGUUUUGAAAGACGAUUUGAAUCAAUAAAACGAAACAUCUUUUUUA